CCUGUAACCGUCGUCUCCCGUGUGUAAAAGUGCGACGCUCGCCGUGUCCCAGUGCACCGCCGGCAGCUGCGGGCGAUGUGACCUGUGCUGACAGAAACGCGUGUUUAGAUCUCUUAUCUGUGCGUGACGUGCUGGCCAUGGGGGCACCGUCACUGGAGGACCUGCCGUAGCGACGAGAAUCACUGCUAUAGGUGUCCCAGUACUCUACAAAGACGCAGCCAUGGAGCAAUACACCCAGACGCCUAGCCGGAAAUCACAGCUGCAGACUGUAACAAACUGCCGAUCGUUGCUCAGCCGCCCCGAAAAGGACGCAGCACUGGGUCGCACCAGCAGCCUGCCCAGACACCUUGCAGUGAGCCCCUUAAAACUGAGUGCACCUGUCGUCACACCUCCACGAAGACAAGCCGUUGUACAGAGGGCACCUUCGAGACUCUACAGAGCCCAAUCGGGUGCAGUGUCACAAAAUAACAACACAGCCAAGUACUGUGGACCAAACACCUGCAUUGGGCCAGAGUUCAUCGUUCGUUCUACUCAUCCCAGCAAGUUUAUUCAGCUGCCUGUCAGGUGUACGGUUCCUCAGAAGCGAAAAGUGAUAGUAAUUCUGCUUAAUGGACAAAAACUUGAACUUAUCUGUGACUCAAAUGUGACAACAGCUGGCCAGGUUUUUGAGGCUGUGGUGCGAAGUGAGAAAUUAAGAGAGAACUUCACUCUAGGGCUGGCUGCUUUGCUAGGUGGAGACUUUGUUUUUCUGGAGAAAAACACACACCUUCGCAAAGUCGCCCCUCCAGCUUGGGGAAGAGAUUCCCUUCCAUCAUGCAGCCUCACACUGUACCUGCGCAUAAAAUUUUACUUACCAAGCCUCCGGGGGAUCAGGAGCUGGUCAAUGAAGCAUAUGCUGUACUUGCAGCUUCGAAGAAAUCUCCUUGAGCAACAAUUAGUUUGUGACCUGAAGACUCACAUCUCUAUGGCAGGACUUGCACUGCAGGCAGAAUUUGGAGAUUACACGCAACAGGAACAUGGCACAGGAGACUAUUUCCUUGUUGAACAUUACCUUCCAGAAGCCUUAUUUGAGGAUGAAGAGGAAGGAGCAUGCAUACGCACUCAGCUUCAAGAAGCACAUAAACGAAGGCAUGGUCUCGAUCCAGGCCGGGCAGAAGAGCUUUUCAUAGGACUGUCUCAGUCAAUGCCUCACUAUGGAUCUCAUUUUUUUCAUGCUGUGGCAAUAGCAAAAAAUUUGGAAUCCAAAGAUGUUCUGUUGGCCAUUAAUCCAAAUGGAAUAUUUCUGAAUGAUAGAGAAGAUAAAUCAUUAUUAGAAAAGUUUUUAUGGAAGAACAUCCAGAGACUCUGGUAUAACAAACAACACUUCCUAUUAUUGCCCAGCUGUGGAGAUGAAGUUGGAAAAAGAAAGUUCCUUAUGGAGCACAAAAAGAGUUCCUUUGUGUUUCAUCUUGCAUCAUGCCAUCACCAGUUCUUCCUUAAGCUUCGAAGUGAGAUGAGUUCCCUGCAGCCACUUUCAGCUGAGUUUGGAAUUCCUGUGAAAGAAUCACCAAAGUGUAUAAGCUCACCAGAGCAGCCUAAAAUAAAAAGUUCCUCAAAGAAACCUGAUGUAGUUCGACUGCACACAUUUUCUUCAAAAAUCAAUGGUACAAAAUAUCAAGUUGGAAAACCUGUAGAUAAUUCAGUCAAAAAAUUGAGCAAAUCAGAUUUGUGCAGUACUCCACAGAUGAAUUUGUCGAUACGUUAUGGAUUCCAAAACAACAAAGAAAAUGAAGUUCCUUGUAGACCGUCAUCAGUGUGGCGACCUGGUGUCAAAAUGGGUACAAGAGUACUUGUACAGCGAGAUUUAUUUUGGCAACCACCAUCUCUUCCAGAAGACACGGUAUCUCUGCCUGCCCUCUCUGACUGCUCACCCUGUGCAACUCCGCCCAGUGAAGCAUAUGUUGUCAAUUCAAGUAUUAGAUCAACAGAUGAACAGUUCCUUGUCGACUUGCAGGAAUCACUCAGCCAAUCCCUGUUACAGAAAUUUGAUGACAUGUCAUUUGCUGAGGAAAGGGCUUUGACAACAGUUAGGAUAUCAAAAGAUGACAAUGGCAGCUUUGGUAUUCAGAUAACAUCUGGAUCUAACGGUGAAAUAUUUAUACAGUCUGUUGUGGAAGGAGGACCUGCAGAUAAGCUGGGAGUAGUUCAUAAAGGAGAUCAGGUAAUGGCUGUUGAUGGUCGAAGUCUGAUAAGUAUGAAGUAUGAGGAAGCUUUGCAUAUUCUCCAGACAGCUAGCAGUGUGGUAGAACUUCUGUUAUCACAGCCACUGAGCAAAUCAGAGGAGAGAAAUUCUGACGAACCUAACAGCAUUGCACCUCCCACCAUAAUCCAGUUUAACAAUACCCUGUCUCAGAGUGGAAAUGAAGAUGUGAAACAGACUGUGAUUUCUUGUGAAGCAGACGUGCAUACGAGUGAAUGGAAAUACAAUCUUGAAGUGCAUUCAUCUGAUAUUAGAAACAACUCAUGCUGUGAUGAUAAAUUAUCUGUGCAAGAAGAUACUGUCACUUUCAAGCCAGUGCAUUUUCAACCAUUUAUUUCUGAACCUGCUAUGACUAUUAAAUUAAAAUCAUCAUCUAUGGAUAAUGAAAACAGUGAUGCAUAUCCCAUCUGGUGUGUUGCACAGCCCAAGAAUACCAGUGAAGAAAGGUGGAGUCAAGUUUAAUAUGAAGAAAUUAGUAAAU